AUGGCAGUUGUGACGAAGAUUGUUGUGCCCCACAUGCAGCAAGGUCAUGCAUUUAUCGUCAUUAAAAAGCAUUUGCCAUUCAUCUGGUCAUUUGUGGAGUUCAUGGAGAUCUCUUUCAAGAGAACGCUGACACACAGCAAGAGAACGCUGUCACAGCAAGAGAACGCUGUCACACAGCAAGAGAACGCUGUCACACAGCAAGAGAACGCUGCCACACAGCAAGAGAACGCUGACAUACCGCAAGAGAACGCUGACACACAGCAUGAGAACGCUGACACACAGCAGGAGAACGCUGACAUACCGCAAGAGAACGCUGUCAUACAGCAAGAGAACGCUGACACACAGCAAGAGAACGCUGACAUACAGCAAGAGAACGCUGUCACACAGCAAGAGAACGCUGACAUACAGCAAGAGAACGCUGACAUACAGCAAGAGAACGCUGUCACACAGCAAGAGAACGCUGACAUACAGCAAGAGAACGCUGACAUACAGCAAGAGAACGCUGACAUACAGCAAGAGAACGCUGACAUACAGCAAGAGAACGCUGACAUACAGCAAGAGAACGCUGACAUACAGCAAGAGAACGCUGUCACACAGCAAGAGAACGCUGACAUACAGCAAGAGAACGCUGACACACAGCAAGAGAACGCUGACACACAGCAAGAGAACGCUGUCACACAGCAAGAGAACGCUGACAUACAGCAAGAGAACGCUGUCACACAGCAAGAGAACGCUGACAUAAAGCAAGAGAACGCUGUCACAGCAAGAGAACGCUGA